AUGGAAGAAGAUGUCAUCUCCAACGAAGUGUUUGGUGAUCUAAAUGCCAAAGAAAGGGGACAGAACUACAGCUUCAAGCCGCAUCAAGGCAAGAAAAGAGGAGCAAGCUUGGCAGUAACAACAAGCCCAGAAGGUAUCAGCUGUAAGUUCUGCGAGAAGAGUAACCACAGUAUGACCGAGUGUAGAGCUUUGGCGAACAAGUCAUAUGAUGAGCGUCUGCAAUACUUCAAAGGCCAAGGCUUGUGCUUUGGAUGUCUGAAGGACAAGACACACCUGGCAAGGGACUGCAAGCAAAGGGCUAAUUGUGGGAAAUGCCAGAAGUCUCAUCCUACAGUUCUACACCGCGACGUAGAAGCACAGCCCAAGAAGACAGCGGCAGUAGGGCGCGUAGUACACCCAGAAUGGGAAGGAGUGCCCUCCAUCAUACCAGUGAAAGUACGAAGCAAGACCAGCGGGAUAACGGUAAAGACGUACGCCUUCUUGGAUACGGGUAGUGAUGUCGUGUUUUGCACCGACAAGCUAAAGCAGCAGCUAAACACGAAGGGGAGAAAGACCAGGCUUACGCUCAACACAAUCAACUCCUCAAAGGAAACCCUGACUGAACUAGUAGAGGAUUUAGAAGUGUCAAGCCUUGAAGGUGUGAAUACCGUUCACAUACCAGUAGCGUAUACCCAAGAGAAGAUCCCAGCUUCAAAGGAAAACAUAAUCACAACGGAGGAUCUGAAAGAAUAUCCCUACCUCAGGGAGGUAGAGUUACCAAAGGUAGAUGCCGAAAUUGGCUUAUUGAUUGGAAAUAACGUGCCUAAAGCCAUGGAACCAUGGCAGGUGAUCAACAGCGAAGGCGAAGGGCCCUAUGCUGUCAGGACCAUCCUGGGAUGGUCCGUUAAUGGUCCCCUUAGGGGGGCCAGUGAAGACAACAGGACAGCGAGCGUCAACAAGAUAAGUUUAAGUGCUGACCAAAGUCUUGAAGUUCAGCUGGAGCAAUACUUCAACCAAGACUUCAGUGAGGUGGACGAGGACAAGAAAGAACUGUCAGUACAGGACAAACGGUUCAUGGACAUCGUGUCCAAGGGAACAAAAAUGGUGAAUCAACACUACGAAGUUCCGUUGCCCUUUAAGCGACCCAAUCCAACUAUGCCGAACAACCGUCCACUAGCACUGCAGCGCACAAAGUACUUAAAGAAGAAGCUGUCAAAGGAUGAGAAAUACCGCAAUGACUACGUCGGUUUCAUGCAAGACAUCAUAGACAAAGGGUAUGCAGAAAGAGUGCCGCCGGAAAGGGUGCAAAACCAGGAAGACACAAAGGACGGUGCAGUGUGGUACAUACCACAUCACGGUGUAUAUCACCCACAGAAGAAGAAAAUCAGAGUGGUGUUCGACUGCGCAGCAGAGUACGCAGGGACAUCAUUGAACAAAGAGUUGUUACAAGGACCAGACUUGAACAACACGCUUGUUGGAGUUCUCACCCGAUUCCGACAAGAGCCUGUGGGCCUCAUGGCUGACAUUGAGUCAAUGUUUUCUCAAGUCAGGGUCCCAGAAGAGUACAGAGACUACCAGAGAUUCCUUUGGUGGCCAGAAGGCAACUUAGACGAGCCACUACAAGAGUACCGGAUGGCGGUACAUGUAUUUGGGGCGACAUCUUCGCCAAGUUGUGCAAGUUUUGCGUUAAAGAAGUUGGCUGAGGACGGAGAAGGCCGAUACACAGAAGAAGUAUUGGAAACAAUCCGGAACAACUUCCACGUUGACGACUUGCUCAAGUCUACCUCCACAGUCAAAGAUGGAGGACAUUUAGCCAAGGACAUGCGAGAAGCAUGUAAAGAUGGAGGAUUCAGGCUGACAAAGUGGGUCAGCAAUUACAAAGAAGUCAUGGACGUUGUACCAUCGACAGAAAGAAUAGCAGAAGUGAACUUGGAUCUAGACUGCAGCCAUGAAGCUAUGGCCACGGAACGAGCACUAGGAAUGUUGUGGAACAUUCAAUCAGACACACUCGGGUUCCGUGCAGUCAGACGAGAGAAGCCAGCAACAAGAAGGGGAAUCCUAUCCGUCGUGAGCUCUUUCUAUGAUCCGCUGGGACUAGUAGCUCCAGCACUCCUCCCACCGAAGAAGAUAUUGCAAGAUUUGUGCAGAGAUAAAGUUGGCUGGGACGAAGAUAUCUCUGAGAAACAUCUCAGAGCCUGGCGUCAAUGGGAAGAGGACCUCCCUUUGCUAAGUGAACAUUUCCAGGUCAGUCGGUGUCUGAAACCCGACGGCUUUGGAAAGCCCAUAACCACCCAGCUGCACCAUUUCGCAGACGCCAGUGAAGUGGGAUAUGGAACCGUUUCGUAUGUCAGGAUGACAAACGAGCAAGGGAAUGUACACUGUGCUUUCGUGAUGGGAAAGUCACGGGUAGCCCCACUUAAGACAAUGACGAUCCCCAGAAUGGAGCUAAACGCAGCUGUAGUUGCUGUACGGGUCAACGACUUGCUCAUGAAGGAGCUCGAACUUGACAUCCAGGAUGUGUACUUCUGGACAGACAGCGUCACGGUUCUGCGCUACAUCCGCAAUCAGGCUACAAGGUUCCGCACAUUCGUUGCCAACAGGCUAGCUGUUAUUCACAAUAAGACGGAGCCGCAACAGUGGCGUUACGUCAACACAACUGAGAACCCAGCUGAUGAAGCCUCAAGAGGACAAGACGUUAAAGCAUUUCUGCAAAAUCAGAGAUGGCUGACGGGUCCACAGUUUCUCUGGGCACCAAGGAGUGAAUGGCCACAGAUGCCAGAAGGACUUCAGCAACCGCUACAGAGGGACCCUGAAGUUACGGUGAACGCCAUUGGAGCGGAAGAAGCGCCACAGAAGAGUCCCAUGGACGCGCUGAUAGCGCAUUAUUCAAGUUGGCACCGUCUCAAGAAAGCAGUGGCCUGGAUCAUCAAAGUAAGGCAAGCCCUCAAGCAGAAAUGUAAGGGAGGAACAACAACCACAGAAAGAGGGUUGACGACAAGCAACCUAGAGCAAGCUGAAAUGGUGAUCAUGAAACACGUGCAAAACAGAUACUACAAGCAAGAAGUAGAGGCCCUGAAAGGUCAGGGAUUCGUCCAGGCUGGUAGCACCAUCCUCCAACUGACCCCUAAGUUAGAUGUAGACGGCAUGCUUAGGGUAGGAGGACGUCUGAGUCAGGCGACGCUAUCAGAAGAAGCAAAGAACCCAAUGCUGCUGCCGAAGUCGUCUCGAGUAGCAGAACUAGUGGUGCGAGAAAUCCACGAGAACCAUGGACACAUGGGGAGAAACUACGUGACGGCCAAAGUGCGAGAGCGCUAUUGGAUACCACAAAGUAGCACGCUGAUCAGAAAGAUAAUCAGCAGGUGCGUUAUCUGUCGACGUCAUCACGGCAAGACGGGAGAACAGAAGAUGGCCGAUCUACCAUCACACAGAGUCACGCCGGAUGAACCACCGUUCACCAAUGUAGGCGUUGACUACUUCGGCCCUUUUGAAGUAAAAAGAGGUCGCAGUAUCGUGAAGCGAUAUGGAGUCAUCUUCACCUGCACCACAACACGAGCAGUUCACUUGGAGAAAGCAGACUCCCUAGACACGGAUAGCUGCAUCAAUGCAUUGCGGAGGUUCACCGCAAGAAGAGGCCAAGUGAAGGCAAUGUGGUCAGACAACGGAACCAACUUGGUGGGAGCCAAGACAGAACUCAGAAAGGAGUUAGAGAAGUGGAAUAAGGAGAAGAUUAAGGAAAGCCUGUUGCAGAAACAGGUGGAUUGGCACUUCAGUCCACCCACAGGAUCACACUUUGGUGGAGUGUGGGAAAGGCAGAUCCGCACAAUCCGACAAGUGUUAAACGCAAUCGCAAAGGAACAACAACUGGACGAUGAAGGACUACACACAUUGUUCUGUGAAGUGGAACAAAUAAUCAAUACCAGACCUUUGACAACUAUCAGCAAUGACGUAAACGACUUGGAAGCUCUGACACCCAACCAUCUCCUGAACAUGAAGAUGCAGACCAGUUUGCCGCCCAACCUGACCGACAAGGACGACUUGUAUGCUCGGCGUCGAUGGAAACAGGUUCAGUAUUUAGCAGAUUUGUUCUGGAAGAGGUGGGUCAAGGAAUACCUACCCACUCUACAAGGGCGUCAGAAAUGGAGAACGCAGCGAAGGAACGUAGCUGUGGGAGAUCUAGUUCUCCUGAAGGAUGAAAACACCCCAAGAGGUCGCUGGCCAUUGGGCAGAGUGAUAGAAAUAACGUGCAGCAGCGACGGACUGGUACGCAGAGCGAAAGUGAAGACACAACAAAGCCUGUUAGAGAGACCAGUAGUCAAAAUAUGUGUUCUGCUGGAAGAGGACCAGACUCAAGAAUGA